CGGCAUGGGGGGCGCGCUCGUGCUCGCGCUUCUGGCCGCGGCGCGCGCCGGCGAGCCCAACGCCACAGACUUCGAAAUCCUCACCACAACACCCGGCCAGGAGGACAAACCCGUGCCGCUAUUCCCCACAGACCUCUUCAGCGAGGAGCAGCGCCGCUCCGGCGCCGUCAUCUUCCACGUGAUCGGCAUGGGCUACAUGUUUGUGGCGCUCGCCAUCGUGUGCGACGAGUUCUUCGUGCCGUCGCUGGACGUCAUCAUCGAGCGGCUGGCCAUCCGCGACGACGUGGCGGGCGCCACAUUCAUGGCCGCCGGCGGCUCCGCGCCCGAACUCUUCACCUCCGUCAUCGGCGUCUUCGUGUCCUUCGACGACGUGGGCAUCGGGACGAUCGUGGGCUCCGCGGUGUUCAACAUAUUGUUCGUGAUCGGUGCAUGCGCGCUGUUCUCCCGCACGACGUUGAGUCUGACUUGGUGGCCGUUGUUUCGCGACUGUACCUUUUACUCGAUCAGUCUGUUAGUGUUGAUAUACUGUUUCCGGGACAGCGAGAUCUACUGGCAGGAGGCGCUGGUGUUGUUCUCGCUGUACGGCGCGUACGUGAUGUUCAUGAGGUGGAACCAGCCCGUGGAGCGAGCGAUGAAGAAGCUCAUCUAUAAGAACAAGGUGACUCGCGUGAGGAGCACGGACCAGCUGAUGCCGACGCACCAGGCAGCCGCUCAGACCUUGCACGGCAACGCGACGACAUCAAGCGAGACGUCGGUGGGCACGAACACAGCGACGGGAGCGACCCCAUCAGCAGGGCCCAGCAAAGCGCCCCCUGCUGCCAAGUUCCGCCACGGUCUGCUGCAGCUAAUGAUACACACCAUCGACCCCAUGCACGACGGUGAGUUAGAGCUCGUUCACCCGACGGCAGAACAGAUCAGCCUAUCUGGUGCCAAGUGGCGAGGCGGCCAAGGAGACACGCCCAGCAAUGAACUGGCAAAGCACGCCAAGUACAGCUUAUCAAUGUCGAUUUCCAUCCGAGGCCAAUAUUCUGAAAAAACACUCAACGUUUAG